AUGUCUCCACUUCCCAGAAUCUCCCUCCAAGCGCUUGAUAAUCGGAGCCCAACCCCUCUGACUCCGGGGUCCCGACCAGCUUCGUCAAGCGGGCUCGCGUUGAUGAUACACACACCCAGACCACCGAUCCCGCCCGCGAGGAGCCUCGAGACGCCCGUCAUCGUCGACGAAGACUGCGAUCCCUCGGAGCCGUCGUCGCUGCAGUUCGGCCCGGACGGCGAGCGAGGUGCCUUGGCUGGCACCGCACUAGGUGCCGCGCUUCUGUCCAUGUCUGGCUACGAAAAGACGCAGGAACCGUACGCGUAUGAUUACGCCGCCACACGACCUAAUCAAGAGCAGAGCUACCCCGGCUACGCACAGCCAUCAUUCGCCUCUCAGUACCCCAGCGCGCAGGCGCGCCAGUCGCAUGGUCCCUCGAGCUCCGAACAGAUGCCUUUCAUCUCUACCUCCCAGCUGGAGGCGCGUGAUGUGACCUAUCAAGCCUCGUACCCUUCAUAUAUCGACCCCAGGUCGCGCCAACUCCCCGAAGUCCUAGACCACUCCCCACGGAAAGCCCUGCAUGGAACCAAACUCUUCAUACGCAUACGCACCACCUACGAUCUCGCCGCCGUCCAACCCCACGUCGGAUUCUCCGUAAUGUUUGGCAACAAGCGGAGCGAAGCCUCCUGGCAGAAGGUUGACAGAAGCGGCCCGCCCUUCUUCCAGUAUGCAGUUGCCGCCGAGAUCCCCCCGUUCGACACUACCGGCUACAUCGACGGCCAGAUGCCCCUCUUACUCAACGUCGAUGACGAGUACGGCCAGAGCCUCGGCGUAGUCGAGGUCGGCGAUUUCACCUACGAAGAUGCCAGUAGCUACCAUUCAUACAGCUCCUCUUCCCCACAAGAUGUCUCGCGCAAGAGGAAAAUCUCGGCCGAAUCGACAGACUACAUGCGCUCGCCCACGAAGCGCACUACCGGUCAGCAGUACCUCAGUCAACGGACAAGCAGAGCCCCGAGUGUCUACUCGAACACACCAAGCUCCGAUUCACCGUUCCUCCAGACCAGUUCAUCGACGUCCUACGCCUACCAAAGCAGCUACGACCGCAGCCAGUCGCAAUCGCGAUCGUACGGCUCACAGUACCAACAGUCGCAGCCACAGAAGCUUUCAUACCAAUACUCGCCCGCACUCAGUGUCAUCCAGGGACCAGUCAAAAGCUCGGGCUACACUUCGUACGGAUCCCCAGGUCAGACGCUCCGCAGCCCGGCCUUGUACUCGACGCAGAUGUUGGGCCGGUCGCAGGCCAUGUCUUCUCCCUCAUCGUUGGCGAACCCGCCGCUCAUUCGCACGUCCACGCUGCAGCCUUCAGGUGCGGUGCCAGGGGCGGCUCAAGCGUUCAACCCGUACGCAAUGUAUCCGAACUCGAAGGCCACGCUAAAGAUCGAUGGGGAACUGGAUGCCAUGGCUGAGGGAUGGAGCCGGGACGAGUGGGAGGCCAAACGGCGGCUGGUCCAAUUUCGCCGGAGCCAGUCGGGCAGCACGAUCACGACCAGCUUCGAAGCGAUCGCCCCAGAAGAUCGAGCGCCGCACAGCAUCUGCAUCAGCUGCAUUUGGUGGGAGGAGAAGCAAGAGUGCUUUGUCACGAGCGUCGACACCAUCUACCUGCUCGAAUCGCUUGUUGCAGUGCGGUUCACGGUGGAGGAGAAGAACCGGAUCCGCAGGAACCUGGAGGGCUUCAGACCGCUGACGGUAUCAAAGGCAAAGCCGGAGAGCGAAGAGUUUUUCAAGGUCAUCAUGGGCUUCCCGAACCCCAAGCCGCGGAACAUCGAAAAGGACGUGAAAGUGUUUCCGUGGAAAAUCCUCGCGCACGCGCUGAAGAAGAUCAUCGGGAAAUACUCUGCAAGCUACUCGUCGACGGCGGGCGCGCUGCCUACGCCCGUGGUUAGCGGGUACGGCGGCGGCGGGCACUCUGACUCCGGGGCAGAGCUGAGGCACACGGCGUCGCCACGGUCGGCGUCGAGCUCAGCAACCUCAUCGGCGUACCCAACGGGCAUGACCUCAACGGCACUGUCGCCUAGCGUCAAGACAUCAGCUGGCCUCGGGCAAUCAGCAGGCCCACCCGACCUGCGCGUGUCAGUACCGCAGCUGGGCACGGGCGGAUCGUCGUUGGGGCCAUGGGCGACGAUGCAGCACGCGCCGGCGCAGUACUCGACAGGCCUCCCGGCGGGGGCAGGGCGGAACUCAUCGUGGGACUUUGCGGCAUAUAUCGAACCAGCGGGCGGGUCGACGACGACACUGCCGGGCGGACAGGCGCUGCAGCUGCAGCGGACGGACAUGGGGGCCGAGGGCGUGCAAGGCCCAGUGGCGGGGCCUGAGGCGUAUCAGCAGUAUGGUCAGCGGACCUCGCGGUCGUGA